UUUUAUAGGUAAAGUUGUGAUUGAUGGAAUUUCCUAUCUUUUAUUGGUCACUCAAUGUUCUGAAUUGGGAAAAAUUUCUUCAAAAAAUGACACAAUUUAUCGAAUAGAAAAAGUCUGUGCUUUGCCUAUUUUGGCUGAUGGAAUGAAAUGCAAAACUUUUUUUGAGAAUAUUGAUGGAAUUGACAAUUUGGAACGUUUAAAAAAUCAACCAAAAAAGUUUGCUAAAAUGAUCUCACACAAAAUGCCUAUGCGUAAUUUACCUAUUUCUCCUAAACUUAUUGAUGAAAUUUUCAUUAAUAGGCUACGCUCCAUCCUGGCUACGCUCCCAUACCCAAGGGCGUAGCCAAGUUUUAGCACCAGAAUCCCUCUGGCCACGCCCUUGCCUAUAUCUCAUCGUUUUUGGGCUAAGACCCUGCACUGCAAGUCUCAACUUCGACAAACUCGAACUCCUUACUACUCUAUCCUGAAAAGUCUGGGUC